AUGGUAUGGGUCUUAUAUCGAAAACUUUCCACCGAAAUUAAUAUCUGCAAAUGUCGUGUCUGCAAAGGUCGGAUCUGUAAAUGUCUGAUCUUCAAUUGUCGAGCCAAUAUUAUCUGCAAAUGUCGGGUCUGCAAAUCCGUCAACUGGAAAUUUUGUUCGGCGUUAAGCUGGGGUGUACCCAUUACAAACAUAUUUUUAAAUGAGUUGAUGUUCAGGGUAGUUGACGUUAAGGGGGUUGAUGUUCAGGUAUGUGAAGAGGGUUGA